UCUGCAGGUGCACUGGUCACGUGCCUCCAGUAUGAAACUGGGUUAUGCAACGGCAUCGCGCAUGCGCACCGGUCGUACACCCGCGCUUUCGCUGAUCCGCUGACAGCUUCAGCCAUUUUAUCAGAUUAAUCCGGACCGGGUCCUCCGCAUCAGGAUCGCGAUGCAGGUCUGACUGUUCAUGUGAUGCGAGGAUGCGCGCCGCGCGCGUUCACGACUCCAGGCAGUGAAAGUGACCCAAUGACCUGCUGACACACAGACACACACACACACAAUGGACACCUCUUUCAGCUUGAACACCUUGAAAAAGAUGGCAGCCGAGCCAGACUACACUGACGUGUCUCUGCCAGCAGUGGAACGAGUUCGUGCCUUAACUAAACUCAGCUGCAGGGUGGACGUGUGUGAUGAAGUCACACCGCGUUGUUAUUUCCGAUCUGGCGUGGAGAUGGAGCGCAUGGCCGCAGUGUACAUGGAUGAGGGGAGUCUGGAGAACGCCUAUGUGCUCUACAACAAGUUCAUCACUCUGUUUGUGGAAAAACUUCCAGCUCACAAACAUUACCGCCAGUGUUCGGUUCCAGAGAAACAUAUCAUCAUGAAGAAACUUCAGGAGGUUGCAUUUCCUCGUAAAGGUGAACUAAAAAAACGUCUGGAGGAAAAAUACGAUAAAGAGCACAAGGCGUUCCUGAGAGGUCAGUGUCAUUUGCAGAACGGUGUAUUGGCCGCGAAUGAGCAAAACCACCUGCAGGAGGUCAAAGGUCGGCUAUUGGCAGAAGAGCGUCAGAGGGUUGCAGUGCUGCGACAGAUGCAGAUCGAAUCGGAACAGUUUCGUUAUUUUGAAGAUCAACUGCGGCGUCAGGAACUAGCCAACCGAAAAGCAGAGGAGGCGGAGCCGCAGCCAAUCAAACCUGCCCCUUCACACACGAAGGCAGAUUCCAACAUAAAGAGAGCACCCCCCACUGUCAGUCAGGCAGCUGCUUCACUUACGCAAAUCCAUGCCCCAGUUGUCAGCGGUGCAGAGGAUUUACGGCGGGUUGUGGUUCCCAGAGACUUGAUCCAGCGCUUUCUCCGGCUGGCAGAGGUCAACACUGCCCGAGGACUGGAGACCUGUGGUGUCCUCUGUGGACGACUGCAACACGAUGAGUUGGUUCUGACCCAUUUGGUUGUACCGAAACAAACAUCAGGCCCGGAUUUCUGCGACAUGGAGAACGUGGAAGAGCUUUUCAAUUUCCAGGACCAGCAUAGCCUGCUGACAGUGGGCUGGAUCCAUACUCAUCCCACUCAGACGGCGUUCCUGUCCAGUGUGGACCUUCACACGCACUGUUCCUACCAGCUGAUGCUGCCCGAGGCGGUCGCCAUCGUAUGUGCUCCCAAACACAAUGACUCGACAGCAUUCAGGCUCUCCGCAUCAGGAAUGUCUGAAGUGUCAGGCUGCCGACUCAAAGGUUUCCACCCACACAGUAAAGACCCUGCCCCUUUUAUGGUUUGUAAGCAUGUGGAGGUGAGAGAGUCAAAGCUCAUGGUCCUCGACUUGCGAUGACGGGUAAGAGGGCCCAACAUCCAGACCUGCGAGGACACCUCAGGAUGAGCCCGGAGCAACAACCUUUAUAUCUCAUUUGUUUACUGACUUUUAUAUUUUUCACAUUUGGGAUUUUUACUUGUUUAUGAUUUUUGCUCAAAUGAUAAUAAAUUGAUGAUGCCUCA